AGCAGCCGCGCGGUUCCUGGGAGCGAGCGCGCGACGUUUCAGCGAACCAAGCGGAAGCCGCGUGAGACUCGGGAAGAGAUGCUCCCUAAAACUCGACCACGAAUAAUGUCAGGGCUCGUCAUGGUUAUCCCGAGAGUUAGCCCUAAAGACAAAAAGGUCCGCUUGUCCAAAAAACGGGUUUAGUGAAGCAGUUGACUGUCCGGAGACUGAACUAGCAGCGGCAGUUGGAGCGGAAUGGGAGUUGAUGCGACCGGCGUGACGUCAGAGCUGCCGGUGCUAUGAGGAGUUCUCAGAAUAGACUUCUAGGAAACGAAGGAACCCAUAGGAUUUCAUCCCAGAAGACUUAAAAGCAUGAUCCUCUGUGUACCCGGUCCCAGAGCUCUUCAGCCUACCGUUCCAUCCACUGAGGCUCUGCGGGGCAUGCGGGCAGGAACUGUACCUCCUACCCCUUGUCUUCAAAGCACUCCACCAAUAUGGGAUCCCACAAAGGACCUAAGGGCAAUUGCCAGCAACUUCUGCCAUCUAGAAAAUUCAGGAUGGUACUGGGGAGCUGUAACGGCAGCUCAGGCUCACGCUGCACUUCAAGAAGCAUCCGAGGGAGCCUUUUUGGUACGGGACAGCAGUCAUCCGCUAUAUAUGCUGACUCUUUCAGUCAGGACAGCUCGUGGACCCACAAGUAUACGGAUCCAGUACAGUGGUGCCCAGUUUUUGCUGGACUCUAGCUCCCCAGCUAGGCCCAGCCUGUCGUCUUUCCCCAAUGUUCCCAGUUUGGUGCAGCACUACAUGGGACCGGAAAGGAAAACUGAGGAGGGGAAGGUUGUGGAGGAGGUUUCUUCAAAACCUUCUCAGCACGCUGCUCAAGAGUCGUCUGUGGUACUAAAACUAAAGCGGGCUGUGUACAAGCCCCAGAGCCUCCCUUCCCUACAGCACCUUACACGUCUCGUCAUUAACAGACACACUGAAUGCUGUGACCAGUUACCACUCCCAAGGCCUCUGCUGCGUUACUUACAGGACUAUCCCUUUAAGGUAUGAAGGGGUCUGCCACUCUAUCCCUAUGGCUGAAUCUCAGCGUAUUUAAAGAAAAAAAAACUGUCAAACAGGGUCUCUCUGUACUUGUGGAGGUCAGUGACAAAAAUGUUGACAAAAUAUGUCCAAAUUCAUUUAAAACCAAUGUGUCUGGUUUCAGACUGAAAUUGUUUUGAGUGGGUGGAGAAACAUCCCCAGUUGACUUGAGAGAAAAACAUGGUACUGUAAUCUACACUUACUUUAAGAUGGAUGUGGAAAUUGUCUUUUUUAACCUCACUGGUUCUGGAUGUACAUACUGUCCUUAAAUACAGAUUCCAUUGAGACGUCUUUUAUGCCAUUUUAUUUUUCUAAGCAAAGCAUUUUUUGUACCUUUUACAUGUGUACAUUUUUCUAUUAAAGUAGCAAACUCGAAUAGA